CAGAAAAGAUAUUUAUUGGCCAGGAAGUUGGUGCUGCUAAGACCGAGAAAUUUAAAGAAUCGGACAGAUGGACGCAGAGAACCAGAGGGCAGUGUGGGACCUUCUCUUGCCAUGGCCUCAGGUCUUGAGGGAAGGCUCAGGCCUGGGUUUCUGGACUGCAAAGGGGACCCCCAGGUGGGAGGGGCAGGAAGCAGCUGGAGUGAGCCCUUCGCCCCUGAGUGCCUGGCUCGCACCUCGAGCUGUGCCCCGGGCAUCACUGAGCAGAGGGGUGCGGCAGCUUCAGGAGGCAGAAAUGAGAGGGGCGGGAGAUCCACAGGACCAAAGGGUGCAGUGAUGGGCUGGGUGGUGGGCCCAGGGAAAUGGGGUGGGGAUGGGCUGGGUAAGACCUGGCCCUCCCCUGCUGCCCUGAAGACCACCCCAGUCUACCUCGGUGCUGGCCAGGAAACCUUUCGGCUACCUCUCCCACCAUGCCAGACUGUGGGCAGGGGGAUGGGGAGGGAGUGGGCCUGGGGCUGGGACCUCCCUCCAGAAUUUCCUCCAGAUGGGGGCAGUGCCCAGGGAGGGGUUAUUUGUCUUCCCUGCCAUGGAGUGGGAAUCCCCAGCCGAGGCCCUAGGCCCCUCAGCAGGGAAGGGAUCCUCGGGGAGGCAGGUCCCAGGAGCAGACCCUGCCCCCAGCCCCCACAGACACACCCCAAUCUGAAAGCCAUGCGUGUCCGUGUAUAUAGGAACCAUGUACAGAGCCCGGAGAAGCCCCCUACAUCCCCCCGGGAAAAAAAGAAAACUAGACAGAAACUCAUCUAUAUAUUCUGUAUCUGGAGUUCCGUUUUGAAUAUUAACUGUGUUAUUUUUAUACACUUUUUAAGCCUUAACUCGCCAUUGAUUUACCAGUUUAACGUUUCCUGGGGUUUCUUUUCCCAUGGGGUUCUCUGCCCCCACCCCCAGCCCUUUGUUUGACUUGCGUCGUCUGAUACUCAGUAUUGUAGCUUUUUGUCCGCAUGUUACUCCCUGUAAAUACGCUGUUAUACAUACUGUUAACACCCCUUUGCUUUUUCUAUGGGACCUCCAGGCCACCAUAUUUAGAACUAGUUACCUUAUUAAAAAAGAAAAAACAGUCUGUUGGCUUCUCAGUCUGCAUCUUGGAGGCAGGGAGGUGAGGGCAGGUGCCCCUCAGACACUUCAGGAAGGUAGUUUGCAUUUUAUUUAAAAAAGGGGGUGGGGAGCAAAUGAAAAUCAAAUGUAGGGGGAAAACACUAAAGGGGGCAAGAAACAAAGGAAUUACAAACCCUCUGCUCUUUGUAUUUCUCUGUUGUGAAGAAUAAACUGUACCUGCACCCGGG